AUGUCCUCGUUCAAGCGCAAGGCUGGCGGCAACUUCCCGGACUCGGAUGCCAAAAAGUCCAAGCCCAACGGCAGCAUCACCUCCUUCUUUGGCCAGCCCAAGGUCGUCCAUACGGCCGCCAAGGCUGGGGCGGCAGCAGGCUCCGAGAAUGGGCCCGAAGUUGCAGCGCCCAAGUUUGACAAGGCGAAAUGGGUAGCCAAGCUGACUCCGGAGCAGAAGGGACUGCUCAAGCUUGAGAUUGAGACCUUGGACGAGAGCUGGCUGGCCCACCUCAAGGACGAGGUCACGAGCAAGGAGUUCCUGGAACUGAAGCGGUUCCUCGACCGUGAGGCCAACGCGGGCAAGAAGAUCUUCCCUCCCAAGGAGGAUGUGUACUCCUGGUCCCGCCACACCCCCUUCCACAACGUCAAGGUCGUCAUCCUCGGCCAGGACCCCUACCACAACCACAACCAGGCCCACGGGCUGGCGUUCUCGGUGCGGCCGCCGACGCCGGCGCCGCCCUCGCUCAAGAACAUGUACACGUGCCUCAAGAACGACUACCCGGGAUUCACGCCGCCGGCGAACCGCGGCGGGCUGCUGACGCCCUGGGCCGAGCGCGGCGUCCUGCUGCUCAACACGUGCCUCACGGUGCGGGCCCACGAGGCCAACUCGCACGCCAACCGCGGGUGGGAGAAGUUCACGCAGCGCGUCAUCGACCUCGUCGCGGCGCGGCGGCAGCGCGGCGUCGUCUUCAUGGCGUGGGGCACGCCCGCCGGCAAGAGGGUCGCCAGGGUCGACGGGGCCAAGCACCUCGUGCUCAAGAGCGUGCACCCGAGCCCGCUGAGCGCGGCGCGCGGGUUCUUCACCUGCCGCCACUUCCGCGCGGCCAACGAGUGGCUCGUCAAGCGGUACGGGCCCGAGGGGGAGAUCGACUGGAGCCUGAGCCCGGGCACGUCGACCAAGGCUGCGGCUGCGGCGCCCGCUCCCGCUCCCGCUCCUGCUGCUGCUCCCGCUCCCGCUCCUACCGCGGCCUCCUCUGCCCCUGGGUCUGCUGUGGAUGCUGUGGACGCGGAGGAGGAGGAGGCUCUGGCGGCGGUGCUCGAAGAGGCGGAGGCGGAGGCAGGCGUGGGUAAGAAAGAGGCCGGGAAGGCCGUGGACACACCAGCAAAGGCCGAGAAGAAGGUUCAGAUCGUCGACGAGAAUACGAACCCCGAGGAGACCGAGACCGAGACCGAGACCGAGGCCUGA